AUGCCUUUCUCUACUAGCACUUCGACCCACGGGUCGGAGAAGCCUGGUCAUCAGAGCAAUUCCAAUAGCAGACCAUCUUCUAUCUCGACAACUGUGAACCCAUCAGAUGAUAAGUUUGAGAUUGGUAGACGUGGGCAAUUGGUCUUCUUCACAUUGGCUGUACUUACCUUGAUGGCCGCGUUGGAUGGUACCUCUCUUUCUGUUGCAUUACCAACUAUCUCAGACGACUUGCAUGGAACCGCUAUUGAGGCAUUCUGGAGUGGUACCUCCUUUCUAUUAUCCUCUACAGGUAUUGAAAUGAUCAUCAAGCUGGCCGGUUACUGCGCAGAUUACUCACAAAUCAUAGUAUUCCAACCCAGCUUCGCAUCGCUAUCCAAUAUCUUCGGUCGUCGCCCAAUGGUCUUAGUAGCCAUUCUCUUCUUCUGCGUCGGUGCCAUAGUCUGCGCCGUUGCUAAGAACUUCACAUAUAUGCUUGUGGGAAGAUCGAUUCAAGGUGUGGGGGGUGGUGGAGUCAUUGCAUUGAGUGAGAUUAUUAUCACCGAUCUCGUGCCUUUGCGCCACCGAGGAAAAUACUUUGGUAUCAUGAGUGCAAUGUGGAGUCUAGGAUCUGUUACUGGACCUAUUCUCGGUGGUGGAUUCGCUGAAAACGUUACCUGGCGCUGGAUCUUCUAUAUCAACUUCCCAUUCGUCGCCGUUGGAGCCGUCUUCGUCGCUCUCUUCUUGACACUAAAGGUUCUACCCGGAUCUAUCAAUGAAAAACUCAGGCAAAUCGAUUACUUCGGCACAAUACUGUUUGUUGGCAGUCUCUCGUCAUUUUUGAUCCCUCUCUCCUGGGGUGGAAUCUCCUACGCUUGGAACUCAUGGCAUACACUCGUCCCCCUCAUCGUCGGUGCUGUAGGUCUACUCGUCUUCGCAUUCUACGAAUACCGCUUUGCCACCGAUCCUAUCAUUCCACCAGUGAUCUUUCAAAACCGCACAGCGACAGUCUCAUACAUUGGAAGUGUAUUGCAAGGUCUUAUUCUUUGGUGCACGCUGUACUACCUACCUCUGUACUACGAAGCAGUAAAAGAGUUCAGCCCAAUUCUCUCCGGCGUGGCACUCUUCCCUGAAACAUUCACCGUCGCACCCAGCGCAAUGGUAGUCGGUAUUCUAAUCACGGUUACUGGUCACUACCGCUGGGCGAUCUGGCUCGGAUGGACAGUCUCCACAAUUGGACUGGGUCUCAUGUGGCUGAUCAAGGUUGAAACCAGUACCUACGGCUGGAUCUUAUUGAAUAUUGUUCCGGGGUUGGGGCUGGGUGUUCUAUUCCCAUCCAUUGGCUUUGCCGUCCAGGCUUCUGCUGAGCCUGAGAAUUUGGCUAUUGCAGUGGCCAUGUUUAGCUUCUUCCGUGCUUUGGGUCAAGCUAUCGGUGUUGCGAUUGGUGGUGUCGUUUUCCAGAACCGCAUGUACUCAAAUUUGCUCAAGUAUCCUGCCCUGACAUCGCAGGCUAGCGCUUAUAGCCAGGAUGCCUCAGGACUGGUUCAAGUCAUCAAGAAUAUGGCGGAUGGUGCGACCAAGACAAAUCUCAAAGAGGCAUACACAGAUAGUCUUCGGAUUGUAUGGGUGGUUUGCUGUGGUAUCUCCGCUGCUGCGCUGCUGCUUUCUCUCUUUACGCAGGCCUAUGAUUUGAACCGAGCUUUGGAGACCACUCAGGGUCUUCGCGAUGGCAAGGAGGAUGUUCCAGGAGAGAAGGAUAUUGAGGCUCGCGCGGAACAAGCAAUGGAGGAGCAGAAUGCGCCUCUGGCAUGGUAA